AUGUCCGGCUCCCUGAACGAAGGCGACGUCUACGCUCCCGGCAAGCACCUCGCAUGCGCUUCCUCGGGACGCAAGUUGCGAACCGACGAAACACGGUGCACGAUCAUCAACGACCGCGACACCAUAUCAUCCGUCGGUGCGGAAGUUCAACGCCUCGAGUGGCCUGGAAUUGGGCCUCGUUGGAUUGAGCGGAGAGAGACGGCCGAAGAAUCGGGAGACGUAGGAUGCGGCGUUACCAGCGGAGAUAAUCAACCCAUCGCCGCUCAAAUGCUGCCUCGCCACAGGAUUGGCCCUCAGAACUCAGUCAUCGAGCGCUCUGCGGUGCCCCGGAGUGUCAUAAACAAAGAGGGCAGGUGGGACCGUGAAUCGAGCUGGAAUGGAGCUUGGGACCUGACAUGGUGA